GACGAUGGCUGGCAUUUCGGAGCGCACUUUUAUUGCUAUCAAGCCUGAUGGAGUCCAGCGGGGGCUGGUGGGAGAAAUCAUCAAGCGGUUUGAACAGAAAGGAUUCAAACUAGUGGCUAUGAAAUUAAUACAUGCCUCUGAAGACCUUCUAAAAGAACACUACAUUGACCUGAAAGACCGGCCAUUCUAUGAUGGUCUGGUGCAGUAUAUGCACUCUGGACCUAUUGUUGCUAUGGUGUGGGAAGGUCUUAAUGUUGUUAAGACAGGAAGAGUGAUGCUGGGGGAAACUAAUCCAAUGGAUUCAAAGCCUGGCACUAUUCGUGGUGACCUCUGCGUUCAAGUUGGCAGCGCGAUGGCGGCCAACUGCGAGCGCACCUUCAUCGCCAUCAAGCCCGACGGCGUCCAGCGGGGGCUGGUGGGAGAGAUCAUCAAGCGGUUCGAGCAGAAGGGGUUCCGGCUGGCGGCCAUGAAGUUCGUGCACGCCUCUGAAGAUCUGCUAAAACAACAUUACAUUGACCUGAAAGACCGACCAUUCUACCCUGGUUUGGUUAAAUACAUGAACUCUGGACCUAUUGUAGCCAUGGUAUGGGAAGGACUCAAUGUGGUUAAAACUGGGAGAGUAAUGCUAGGGGAAACCAACCCCGCAGAUUCUAAGCCUGGUACCAUCCGUGGCGACUUCUGCAUUCAAGUAGGAAGAAACAUCAUUCACGGCAGUGACUCUGUAGAAAGUGCACAGAAGGAGAUCAACCUGUGGUUCAAACCUGCAGAGCUUGUUGACUUCAAAUCCUGCGCGCAUGACUGGAUCUAUGAGUAAAAUGAGUUUCCACAAUGAAUUGUGCCUUCUUAACACAUCAUCUCAUUCCAGCUAUUGAUCUGGGAGCAAUUAUCACCACGGUUAUCUUUGUCAUUUUUCAGCACUGUCCAAUAAAUGGGAUGAUAAAAACUAA